GACUCCGAUUCAGUAAGCAGCCGCGAGUCAAGGCAGAAGCACCACACGAUGAGCCAACAAUUGGCGGAGAAUCUACCCAAGCAGCUCCCCCGCCGCGAUGCCAAGGAGCAGAGCGAGGAGGAGGCUCCCCCCACCCCCGGGAUAGCAGCGGACUUUGAGACGGCCAUCGAUGCGGCGGGCUUUGGGAUGUUCAACAUUCUGCUGCUGGUGGCCGCUGUGCCCGCGGCCAUGGGCACUGUGUACGAGACCUCGACAAUGUCCUAUAUCCUUCCCAGCGCAGAGUGUGACCUCAAGCUGAGCCUGCUGGACAAGGGCAUCCUGAAUGCCAUCACCUAUGCGGGCAUGAUCAGCUCGGCCGUCUUUUGGGGCUACUUUGCAGACACCAAGGGCAGGCGCAAGCUCCUGAUUUUUGGCUAUGCCGCGGACACCAUAUGUGUUCUGGGCGGUGCCUUCAGUCAAAGUGUUGUCCAGCUAAUGGUCUUCAAGUAUUUCGGAGGAUUUUGCAUGAGUGGUCCCUUUGCCGUGCUUAUGACUUACCUGACGGAGCUUCAUGGACGCCAGCAUCGUCAGCGCAUCAUGAUGAUCGUGGGCAUUAUGUUCUCCAUAGCCACCCUCACGCUGCCCGGCCUGGCCAUGAUCAUUCUGCCCCAAAACUGGAAUAUCAACAUCUGGAGUUUUAAGAUGACUGCAUGGCAGAUGUUUGUGGGCGUAACGGCGCUGCCCAGCCUCCUCAGCUCCAUGCUGUUCCCCUUGUUCCCCGAGAGCCCCAAGUUCCUCAUGUCCAGGGGUCGCAAUCAAGAAGCACUGGAAGCCUUCCAAUUCAUGUAUGCCCUGAACACCAGAAAACCCAAGGAUUCAUUUCCAUUUAAGGCUCUGGCCAAUGAAGUACCCGAGCAGGUCAACAAACACAAGACUCACACGGAGGUAAAGCUGCCCAUCGAGAGCUCUGAGGCUGUCACCGCCGCUCCAGUGGACCCCGAGCUGGCAGCCGUGGCCAAGAGCGGGCUAAGUGCGGGCCUCUCCCAGCUGCGUCCGCUCUUCACCAAACCGUACCUGGGCCUCUCGCUCUGGGUCUAUCUGCUCAACUUUUGCGUGCUCCUGGGUCAGAACACCAUGCGUUUGUGGCUGCCACAGCUGUUUGCCUCCAUUAACGAGUACGAGCUCCAGGUGGGCGGCCAGUCAGGCCAGACGAGCAUCUGCAGAAUACUAGAGUUCAGCGUGAACCGCACCCAGAGCCAGCUGAUGGCCGUCAAGGACCCCAAUGCCGAGUGUACGGUGAAUGUGACGGCGGCCACGUACACAAACAAUCUGAUUGUGGCAGCCGCCGGACUGGUGGCCUACAUGCUGGCCGGCUUCCUGGUCAACCUGGUGGGUGUCAAACGAAUAAUGACUGUGGGCCUAUUUUGUGCCGCUUGCUGCUCGAUUGGCAUGUACUGGUCCAGCUCCGCUGCAUCCACGGUGGCCAUUGCCUCGUUGUUCGUGACUAUGGGGAGCAUCUCGGCCACAUCGGUGAUCAGUGCAUCGGUGAGUCUGUUUCCCACAUCGCUGAGGACAAUGAUUGUCUCCCUGGAGAUGAUGUUUGGGCGCCUGGGCUCACUCUUGGGCAACAUCUUCUUUCCGGCUCUGAUGAACUUGGGCUGUGUGCCACCCUUCUUUAUGAUCAGCUUCUUUAUGUUGGCUGGCUGUCUGAUGGCUGCCUUCCUGCCGCUCAAGAACAAGGCUGCACUGAAGUAAGGCCGCACUCCAAAUCCAAUUGCCAUUUCCCAUUCCCACUCCAAGGGAUUGUGUCCCACUUUUGUACAUAGCAUUUAUCUCUAAGUUUAGUUAUUCCGUUUGCUUUUUCUAUACCCUUGCAGAGGGGUAAAAACUCUUAGUUUGUCCCCUCGUGUCCUUUCAUAGAUUCAUGGAUUCUAUGACUAUUUCCGUCGAGAGUCACUCCAUGCAAGGGUAU